GUUUUGGCAUAGAUCACUUAAUAAUGCGAAAAAAUAUUUGGAAUUUGAUCAUCAAAUAAUUUUAAUAGAUGAUUUAACAGAUGAAUCUUUGUUAUCUGAUAAUUAUGACAAUUCUGAUGACAAAUAA